UCAGUCGUUCAUGCUCAAACAAGUCAAUAUUUAAAUAUGUGCGAAAACAUCCCAAGUCAACGAUAGUCUGUGGGGAUAUCAAGGCCGAAUGCAUUCUCCGUUUCCAAGCAGCGGGGAGUGAUGGGGUAAAGCUUGGAUGGGCAUUGGAAUCAUGGGGCAACAUAUUGAGCUGACAGUUGAAAGAGACGGGGUAGAAUGGCAGUGUGCCGCGAUGGGGUAUAGAAUAGGACUGUUUCAUUGAGGCUUGAGUCGAAUACAAGAUGUCAAGGGACGGCUCAAGAACGAUUUCCACUUUAGGCUACCCGAACAGAGAGGCUGUGCGAAUUAAAGUCAAGAAAUAUGAGGAUGACCAGGAGCCCGAGUACCGCAAGUUCAGCGUCGACCCGCAGAUCACCACAUACAGCAUUCUCAGAUGCCUCCUCUCCAGAGCAUUCGAACUGAAAGGGGAAUUCGCCAUAACCUACAUGGCUAUUGAUGACUUUGGAGAAGAAACAUUCCUGGCUUUGCUGUCGGACUGGGACCUUGAUGCGGCCUUUCUCAGCGCCUCCGACCCGUACCUGAACCUGCGGCUGGAGGUGCGUCCGUUCGACGUGAGCGGCGGCUGGGAGCCGGAGGCCGGCCUGGACCUGACCCAGCUGCGCAAGCCUUCGGCCGAGCUGCGCCCCCUGCCGGCGCCCGGCCGGCUGCUCGGACUCGGCAGCGUGCUCAACCAGGUGCAGAACACGUUCAGUUUGAUGUCGCGCGCGCUCAACAUGGGCGACGAGAGGGCGAGCGCGCCGGCCGCUGCGCCGCCGCUCACCGACACAGAGUUCCACAACUACCUGGAUACGGUCGGCCGGCUGGUGCAGCCCAAGGAGCUCCGCGUCGCCAUCUACCGGGGCGGCGUGGUACCCACGCUGCGGAAGGUGGUGUGGAAGCACCUGCUGAACAUCUACCCGGAGGGCAUGACGGCCCGGGAGAGGAUCGAGUACGUGAAGCAGAAGUCCACCGAAUACAGGGAGCUGCGCGACUGCUGGAUGAAGAUGGUGCAGGAGGGCAGAUCACGGAGGAGAUCCAGCAUGAGCACCAACAUGGUGAAGAAGGACGUGCUGCGCACAGACCGCCACCUUCCCUUCUUUGCCGGUGGGGAUGACAACAUCAACGUCGUCGCGCUCUUCAACAUCCUGACCACGUACGCGCUCAACCACCCGUCCGUUGGCUACUGCCAGGGCAUGAGCGACCUGGUGUCGCCAGUGCUGUACGUGCUGCAGAACGAGGCGCAGGCGUACGUCGGCUUCUGCGGCCUCAUGCGCCGGCUCAAGCCCAACUUCGACAUGGAUGGGCUGGCGAUGACGGUGCGUUUUCAGCAUCUGACGGAGGCGCUGCAGUUCUACGACCCCGAGUUCUUCGAGUACUUGAAGGACAGGCAGGCCGACGACUUGCUCUUCUGCUACCGCUGGCUGCUGCUGGAGCUGAAGCGGGAGUUCGCCUUCGACCAUGCCUUACGGAUGCUGGAGGUGUUGUGGUCCUCGCUGCCACCGGACUGUCCGGCCGAGGGUCUGCAGCUGUUCGAGCGGCGGUACACGGGGACGCCGCCGCCGGACAAGGUGUGCGCCAUUCGCCGGCAAAGCUCGGGCACCGUCAGCCUCGGCAACAGUCCGCUGCUCAAGAAGGAGUUCUCUUCCAGCGAGGCCGCCGUCACCGGUAUGGCCGCCUCCAAGAGGACGCUGAGGUUGGGCACGGCGCCGGCGGCGGGCGAAGCGCCUGACGAGGCCGCCCUCUCGUCGGUGGGCUACUCAACGGAGCCGGCGCCGCGCGCCCUCCUGCCGCCGCCGCAGGAGUUGGGCGGCGGCAACCCCUUCCUUAUCUUCCUCUGCCUGAGCCUUCUGCAGCAGCACCGCGACAUCAUCCUGAGCCGCCGCCUCGACUACCAGGAGGUGGCCAUGCUGUUCGACAAGAUGGUGCGCAAGCACGACGUGACGCGCACGCUCGAUCAGGCGCGCAAGAUGUUCACCGACUACCUGAAGCGGGACUGGGGCGUGGCCAUGGGCGAUGAGGUGGCCGGCGGGGCGGAUGUGGGCGUGUGAUGCUCAGCCGACGGCUCUGGCAGACGACUCGCCGGCCGGCUCGUGGCUGGUCGGCGCGGGCGGCGCGCCAGCCGCAGGAAUGUGAUAUCGAUGGUCGAAUGGGUGGGGUGGGCUGAGUCCGAGCUCGUCCGAGUGGGUCCCCGGCUGGGCGGCGGCGGUCUGCGCCGCUUCGGGGCGCAGGGGCGGAGAAAGCCGGCGGGGGUGCGUUCUGGCGACGGUGCUUUCCGGCACAACGAUUGCGCUGUUUUGCUCGAGUCUCGCAGUCUCGUAAGCCUGUAGCUGAUCAGCCGUUCCUUGUCGCUCCGGAGAGCGUCGGGGAACGGUUUCUCAGCUCCGCGAGGGCAGUCCGAAGUCGACAUUCGUCUAUUCCUGCUGCCUGGUGACGGCGGGGACGGCCCGCCGCACGCUGGGUGGAAUGCGGCCCGGGCUGUGGAGUCGGCAGCGGGCGUCGAGGUCCUGCUCGAGCUCGCGAGACGACGGCGAGCGAUCAGCCACCAGUCCCCGCGCUUAAACAAGCGGCAGACUUGACCGCGGGCGGCCAGUUCUUCAGCAUUCCAGCGGACCACUGAGCGUCUUGACCAACGAUAUGCAGGGUCCAGUCCCGCAUCAGGUGGCGGUGAUUAGCAGGGUUCACGCAGCUUCGUCUAUGGUGCCCGGCCAUGUCAGCACACGGGCACUGAGCUCUCCGACCACGCCUCCGUGGUGUCUGAGUAUGUAUUUCCAUUGCGGGUACGCUCAUUCUUAGCUUGUUUGAAAUCAUGGUGUGGCGCAAGUCCGCAAAAGCCUGUUGCGGAAAGUUUGACGCGGCGUUUGCUUCCGUCGCGGUAUGUCGUCCGUUGAUAUUAAGCGUUUGUCUCCUAUGUUCGUUUAUUGUGGAGUUCAUUUGUCAUACGUUUAAUCGAGUGAAGAGACAAUACGAUGGUCAUUAUUCUCACUCCGAUUUCGUCUCCAAAAUCCUUAUAGCUUUAAAGGCGGGGAGCACAACAUGGGACGGUCUUGGUGCGGCCAAUCGCAAAGAUGCCGAUCCGAUAUACUUCAAGCUAAAAUUAGUUUUUAAAUUUGCAUGCCGUUCUUCAUACAAACCUGUUCUUUACGCCGGCCCGUAACGAUUUGUGAUGGCUACUUGAAUCAUUCCGUUGCCUGCAUGUGGCAAGACCUCGCCAUACAUACCCUGUGCGGCUGCUGCCAACAUGCUUUAUCAUCGCCCUGGUUGCUGGGCCCAGGGCGCCGCAAACCUUUGGUGGUACGAUGCAAGUCGAAAACGAUAAAUUGCGCGGAGGACGAGCACAUUGCCCAGCGCAUGAAAGCUAGAUUUGUCCUCGUCCAUAUCGUCGAAAUCCAGUGCGCCGGACUCAUCGCGCAGUUUGAGUUCCUGCAUUCAGAAGACAGGCGAGGUCCGCAGAAGCCGUGCUGGGAAAGAACCCACGACUCGGUCCAAACGCCCGUCGGUUUUGGCCGUCCGCGUUUACUGGACUCGACCAGAUGCGUACUAUGUACGACGCGUGUUGCGUGUCCAAGUCUCAUCUAGGUUCAGCGUGGGAUCUGCUCCCCAGGCGUCGCCUGGUGAGCCGCGUGGCACCCGCGCCUUGCCUCGCAAAGUGCAAUGCAUUCCGCGCCGCAGAGUGCGAGGGUAGCUCGCGAGCGGCUGGCGGCGUUAUUCAGGCGGCCGGGACGGUGGUCGCGUUAGCUAGCUUCGCAGGCGUCCCGUGUCGUUUCGAGGUGUGCCGUUAAUGUGUGUGGUUGGUGGUCCGUUCCGUUUUGCCGGGCUGGGGCUGGCGUGGGUGGUGGCGUCGCCCUCGGAGCUAUUUAUUCGUAUUUAUUGACUGAAAUACAUGGUGUGUCUUUCA